GAGAAGGGCUCAAACUGCUAUAUUUUCGCACAACGAUACAAAUGUUUAGGCCGGGAGACCCCUUUGGGAUGUUUGGCAGCGGAGACCCCUUUAUGCAAAUGAAUCGUAUGAUGGGCGCGAUGCUGGGGGCAGACCCUUUCUUCCACGGAUGCGGCGGUGGAGUUGCUGCGCCAGUGUAUCAGGGCCAGCCACGUUCCCGACAGCCGGUGAUUGAAGAGGUGGAUGGGGAGCACUCAGGGCGAGCCACGCACGAUGACCCGAUUGUGGAGGAACCCGACGAUGAUGGACCUCAGCCUGCCGGGAGGGCAGCACAGCGGCAACGGCGGCAUAGCCCAGAGCGUCGGAACCCGCCCGCGCCACAGGUGGCUAUGCCCAUGGACCCCUUCAGCUCGCUGUUCGGGGCUCUGGCGGGCGGUAUAGGCGCUGCAACGGCGGCCGCAGCCAAUGGCGGCGCCGGUAACGGCAGUAGCUUCAUGUUCAGCAGCAGUAGCUUCAGCUCCCUGGGGCCGAGCGGCGUUAUGUACCAGGCGUCCAGCACCACCCGCAUGGGGCCCGGCGGGGUGCGUGAGACGCAGGCGGUGGUCCGGGACGGGCGCAGCGGCACUGAGGAGGUGACCAUCAGCCGGGGGCUGGGCGACGGCCGCGCGCGCACCCUGACGCGGCGGCGGGACGCCACCGGGCAGGAGCAGCAGUUGGAGGACCUGCGCGGCCUGGCCGAGCACGAGGCCGACCACUUCGACGACCAGUGGCGGGCGGCUGCGGAGCGGGCGCUGCCGGGAGGCGGCGCCGUAGGAGCGGCCGUCAGCCGCAUCGGGCCCGCGCGGGCGGGCAGCGGCGGGGCAGGCGCGCAGCGGAUGCUGGCGCUACCGGCUGCGGGCCCCAGCUACACUGGCACCGCGCCGCUGCCCGUUUACGCGCGGCAGCAGUCUGCAAACACGGCGACACCUUCUACCGCUGGGGCAGCAGUGUAUGGUGCGGGAGUUGGCGGUAGCGGGGGCAGCCGUAGUGCGCGGCAUACCGCGCCACAUGGUGUGGCGCCGGCGAUGAGCACACAGACAACAGCAGCGGCCGCGUACACGCAUGCGCAGCCACAGGUUCCAGCAGCACAGCCGCGCUACGGUGAAACGACGGCUUACAAUUCGGCGCCGCAGUACCAGCAACAGCAGUAUCAGCAGCAGUAUCAGCAGGCGUACGCCGUGCCGGCGCCGGCGCAGCAGCAGCCGCAGUACCCCUACGGUAACGCUGCAUCCACGUACGCGCCCAGCAGCACAGGCGGGAGCAGCCGCUACCGCUAUUGACGGGCCGCCUGGUGGUGGCAGCGGGAGUGCAUGCCUUGGUCAGGAUGGCGACUGGUCAGAAUGGCGCCGUUGAAUUCCUAGUACACGAAGUUGCUUCUCGCUCCGGCUGACAUGUUCCCCCAGAACGGCGCACGAUGACAACCAUAUGUUCUUUGCAUAGCAUUUCAUUAAAAUGGAACGCGCCGAUUUUAUUGUCGGGAAGCUGCAGUGGGCUGGCCGGCAACAGCGUGCCAUGCCGGCUGCGAGCACAGCAGCAGACGCAUCGUUUGGAUGUAUUGAGUGGUGCACGUUCUCAGUAUGCGUGGCAGUCAUGGAAGUUGUGCGGCGGUCACAGCCGCGGGGUUCCGCCUCUGAUUUGCCACUUCACACUUUGUUACUGUUUACCGGGGCAUGCAGUGUGUGCCUCACCAGCAAGUCUAGCCGAGUGAAUUUACUCUUCAAAGUGUUAGAGUAUGUGUAAGAAGCCGUGGGGUAUUUAGAAGCGUGCCUAGUGCGACGAGGUUGAUGGUAAGAGGCACUAAGUGUAGAGGUGGGCAGUGCGGCGCAAUGGGCUGGUACGCACUAACACUGAACGUACCGUAAUGAUGUUUGUACUCUGUCUAUCGACUGAUGUUUGUAGAUGGCUAUGCUGUGCGGGGAUGUGCACGAGUGGUUUAUGUCGGGGCACAACGUACAGGGCUUCGAGGAACACGCUGUGUAUGCGAUGAAGAUGUUUAGUGUGUGUACGUGUGUGUGUACGUGUGUGUGUGUUUUUUGGAGCACAAGGGAAACAAAGCGCAAAGACAGUGUAUGCAAUGCAGCAACGCGGCGUGGUGUGUUGAAUAAACCAACAAAAAAAAGCCCGCCGCUCGUGUGUGUGGUGUGUGUGUAUGUGUGUGUGUGUGUUAAAAAAACGAAACGAACGCCCGCCCAAUGACGCGUCGUGUGUGUGUGUGUGUGUGUGUUUGUGUGUGUGUGAAAGGUGCGUUGGUAUCACGGUGCGAAUGCUUAACUGCUUGUCAAGUGCUGCACUGCGGUACAGCGGCCAUGUUACAGUGCAGUUACGGUAUCGUAUCUCGUGCGUUCGUGGUGUGUGGUUCAAGCUGCUUGCAUGGUUUGCGAAUGUGAAGCUUGUGGUUGGUGGUUGCCGUGCGUGAGGAGACACGUCUGGCGCAGUGGCACCUGUAAGUUUGCCACGGCAGCCAUUCGCGUAUCUGGUGUGCCCGCCCUUGGCCUGCAGGCUCUAUCCGGUGCCUUAGAUAGCCUGGUCUCGCCGGGGCGCAAGGCACCGACGCACGGCAAUCCUGCCAGUGCACGGCGCCCCGUUUGCUGCCCGAACUCCGGUAUGAGAGCACAGUCUGGCGCGCACAAUGAUGGUGAAUGCAUUCACCGGUGGCCUCUCCCUGUUGCAGGGAGUGACUGUAACCCUUUGCCACC